AUGUUCCACCUUUCAAAGUUUACUGCUCGAUUAACGAAUCGUCUUUCGUCUGCAACGCAGCACCGUGUCACUCUACAAGCAGCUGUUGGGAGACCGAUCGUCAGCAGAAACCCCUUGUUGCAGAAUGUGCGCCUAGCAACAAUCCACAGCACUCGUUUAUGUUUCAAUGCAGUCAACAAUGCUACAGCCGAAGAGAUCGUCACUGCUGCACCUUUGGAAACGCCUGCACCCAAGCGAUUUGCUGAUCUAGAAGCUAUUGACAAGAGAACUCAACGUGCUAUCAAGAAGGUGUUCAAGUACGAGACCAUGUCGACAGUACAAGAAGCCGUGUUGACGAGAGUUCCCAAUACGCAAGACAUGUUUGUGAAGGCCAAGACGGGUACUGGCAAAACACUUGCAUUUUUGAUGGCUGCCUUGGAGACGUCUAUCCAAAAGAAUGACAACUUACGUUACUUUGAGGGGUCUUCGAUUUUGGUUGUUUCACCUACUCGGGAACUUGCAUCUCAAAUUGCAGUGGAGGCUCAAAAGCUGACUCGAUUCUAUCCAUUCCAAGUGCAUUGUCUUGUUGGCGGUGAAUCCAAAAAGAGACAAUUAGACAGCCUUGAGCGUGGCCGUGCCGAUAUCAUUGUUGCCACUCCAGGUCGUCUUCUCGAUUUACUCGACAGCUCCUAUCGCACCAAACAAUUGAUGAAGACUCUCAAGGUGGUGGUUUUGGAUGAAGCCGAUCAAUUGGUGGACAUGGGUUUCCGAGCUGAUGUGGAACGGAUCCUUAAGCAAGUACCUCGUAAGCGCCAAACGAUGCUUUUUUCAGCAACAUUAUCACCAGAGAUUCGUGAGAGCUUGGGAAAGGUGGCACUCGAUUCUGAUUAUGCAUUGAUCGAUACGGUGGGAGAGGACGAUGUUCAUACUCAUCUUCACGUCAAACAAUCAGCACUUGUUGUCCCUUAUGAUCAGCAAUUGACUUAUCUCCGCAACUUGCUCAACACUUAUCCAGCUGCACAAGUGGGAAAGACAAUUGUAUUUUUGCCAACGACUCGAUCCACAAUGAUGUAUGCAAGUUUACUCAAGUAUUUGGCUCCUAAGCGUGUGGUGCUUGAAUUACAUUCCAAGAAGCAACAAGAUCAACGUAGCCGUAUCGCACAGAAGUUCAGAAAGGCACCACCAGGUGCUGUCUUGGUGACAUCGGAUGUUUCAGCUCGUGGUGUGGAUUAUCCUGGUGUAUCGUUGGUCGUCCAAAUUGGUGUGCCAUCAUCACGUGAACAAUACAUCCAUCGAUUGGGUCGUACAGGUCGUGCUGGAAAGGAUGGUGAAGGUAUCAUUGUCUUGGCACCAUUUGAGACACCUUUUGUGAAGGAUGACAUUGGUGAUUUGCCCAUUCAAAACCUGAUUCCACCAAAGAUUGAGGAUGAGGAACAAGAAGAAACGGAUAAGCUUGUGACAUAUGUGAGAAACAAGGUCAUUGAUCCCAGUCUCAUUCAUGAUACUUAUACUGCAUACUUGGGAUAUUACGCUGGUCGUAUGCAAGCCUUGAAUCGUCCUCGUUCGCAUGUUAUCAAGGAAGCCGAAUCAUUUAUCCAAGCAUUGGGUGUUGAACAAGUACCAGAGCUCUCUGAUCGAUUCAUGCAAGUUCUUGGUAUUCAAGAGAAAGCACCAAAGCGCCCAAAGAGAUCGAUGCGUAAUGACAAGUUUGGUGGACGAAGCAAGGAUCGAUUCUCAUUCAACAGCGACAAAUUUGAUUUCAAGAGAGGACGCUUCGAUAAACGCAACAGGAAUGAUUUUGAGGAUCAUCGUACAUUCAUGAAAGAGUUCAAGAGAGGUUUCGGUCGUCGUCGUGAUGAUUAG